GUACUUACUGACAUCAUGUAAGAAUAAUACGUGCGACUCAGAACAGUUCUGAAAACGAAGUAUUUAUUAUUUCGUUUCUCUCUUGGAUAUACAUAUAGUUCUACAAGAAUUAGUGAUCAUCUGUAUAACGCAACUUUAGACUAUAGAAACCAAUAUACAUGGGUUCAAACAUAAAAGGAUUUUUUGGAGUCGUAUCCAUUUUGAUGUUACUGUCUUGGUUUGACGCGACCACUCAAAAAAUAAGUUUCGCGGAUUGGUCCGGUGGAGAUAUAAACGAUAUGUUGAAGCAACAGACAAGUACGAAUAUGGGAGUUAUUACCGGUAUUUUGGGUGGUACUAUUCCGGUACAAAGCGGCUUAACCGGGAUCUACAAUUCAAGUUCUAUAACACAAACAUGUAUUUGUGUACCAAUCGGGCGCUGUAACUCAACACAAAACACACUUGAUGGUUCUGGAAUGCUGGAUGUUCGGAUAGUAACUUCUACCGGCACAACUAAUACCUCUGAAAACAUGACUCCUUACAUAGUCACUCCAGUAAACUGUGUUACUGGUUUAGAGCGAUGUUGCUGGAUUGGUGGGUAUCAGUGCGGUCUUCAAUUUCCAUCAGUUGCAUCGGCUAAACAGCCUGCAGCAGGUCAAGCACCAUAUGGCAAGUAUCCGUGGCAGGCAGUUUUACUUGGGCCUGGAGAUGUUUACGUAGGGUCCGGUGCGCUUAUUGAUCCUUUAAACGUUAUUACUGCUGCUCACAAAAUAAAUGAUUACGUCUCCAGUAACAGACUUUUAAAAAUACGAAUGGGUGAAUGGGAUGCCUCAACACCAUCAGAACUGAUUCCCGUCCAGGAGUAUAAUGUCAUGAAAUUUUUUAUCCAUCCGAGUUAUUCAUCUUCAAAUUUGAGAAACGACAUAGCCGUGCUAAGGCUUUCAUCCGCUGUAAAUUUGGGUAUUACACCGACUAUAACCAAUGCAUGUUUAACUUCUACUUCUUUCGUUGGAAGCCGUUGUUGGAUUUCCGGAUGGGGUAAAAAUGAUUUCUUCAAUGGAGUUUAUCAAGCAAUCCAGAAAGAAGUUGAUGUGGUGAUUCGAUCCCAAAUAGAUUGUGAGGUGGCUUUGAAGACAACACGCUUAGGGACUGCGUUUCAACUUGAUUCAACCAGUUUUAUAUGUGCAGGAGGUGAAUCUGGAAGAGAUGCUUGCACAGGUGAUGGUGGAUCACCACUAGUUUGUCCAUUAGGAGGACAAUUUUUCGUUGUUGGAUUGGUAGCAUGGGGGAUUGGCUGUGGAACAUCAAACAUCCCCGGUGUAUAUGUUAAUGUUGCUGCAUAUUUGCCGUGGAUCACAAAUGUAACUAGAUCGUCAUAAUUCUGGUAUGUGAGAGAAAAUGUCCCGAAAAUGCACAUGAUUACGUCCGCGCAAAUACAUUUUGUAUAG